UGAUUCGAACUCACCGCUUCCCCAAUCCCGCCCUCCACCCCUCCGUCAUUCCCGCUGUUUUGAAGUUACAAUUCUCUACCCUCCUCCCUUUUGCUUCCUUCUCUUUCUCUCUCUACAUCAAUUUGUAUCUAUCUUCAAAGAUACAUACACUGUUUGCUUUUCGUCGGUUACUCUUCACUCUGCAAUGGCGGCUUCUGGAGAAGACCUCGACCUUGACCUCAAUCUGACGCUCUCCCAAGUUCAUCUGGAUUCCAAAGCUCCGCGCCUCGUUCCUCCGUCUUGUCGGCCUCACCAUUUCGCUCUCAUUCCUCCUCCUCAUCCUGUCGCCGUCUCCGAUUUUCGCACGGAAUCUCCGCCUCUAGCCUCUGCUCAGCCGCAUUCCGCUCCUCUCGACGUUUUUGUUCCUAAAAAUGUGACUGGCUGCUCUGAGGCUGAUAAUAUUAAAACUCUGACAAUUCAAGUUCAAAAGACUGCUGAGACUGCCAAUAAUUCUCUGCUUCAACAAGCAACUUUUGCUGCAGAAUGCCGUAAAGCAAGGGCUACAAAGCGUGCCAAGUAUGGCACUCAGGGAAUAAACUCAGAUCCUCUUGAUAGCCUUACUGUAGCUGGCAGUUGUCGUUAUGACAAUUCCUUGGGCUUGUUGACCAAAAAAUUUAUCCAGUUGAUCCAGGAAGCUGAAGAUGGCACCCUUGAUCUGAACCGUUCUGCAGAUCUUUUGGAGGUGCAGAAGAGGAGGAUUUAUGAUAUUACAAAUGUGCUUGAAGGAGUGGGCGUAAUAGAGAAAACUAAAAAGAAUCACAUGCGUUGGAAAGGAUUUGAGACAACUGAAUCAAGAGAGUUACAAGAUCAAGUCUAUCGACUGAAGGCUGAAGUUGAACACUUGUAUACUGAAGAUCAACAGCUUGAUUAUUGCAUAAGGAAAAAGCUAGAGCAAUUAAGGGCCCUUGAAUCUGAUUUAAAUUGCCAGAAGAACCUCUUUUUGACAGAGGACGAUAUCAUGAGCCUACCACGCUUCAGGGAUCAAACUAUUAUAGCUGUAAAAGCCCCAUAUGCAAGUUCAGUUAAAGUUCCUGAUCCUUGUGAGGAUGGUGUUUUCCCUGAGAAGCAUUACAGGCUUAUUGUUCGAAGCACAACCGGGCCAAUAGACUUGUACCUCUUGAGCAAAAAAGAUGGGCAACAUGAGGAUGUUAACGUCAAGCAUGCAAUAUCCUCAGAUUCAUUAACUGGGAAGGGUAGCGGAGACAACAAAAUGGACAUCACAAUGUCUUCAGUUUCUUCAGAUACUUCGACCCUGAACACCACAAAGCUAUCCCAGAUUCACAAGAUAAUGCCCUCUCAUGCCAGUUUUGGCGAUGACUACUGGUUGUGCUCAGAUCAGGUGGUCAGCGCAACAGAACUAUGGGGACGCGAAGAUUCUUAACAACAGAUAACAAGUUCCGGUAGCCUAGAUAUGAUGUUGGAACAGCAGAAGAAACAAAGCCUAUAGCAGACACUGUAUAUACUCUAAUUAUACAGCUUUUUGUUUUCUCAGAGCAGUUGAAGGUUGGAUUGACUUGCAAUAGAAAGCAUAUUUAGUUUAGUUAGCAAUAAAUCGGAGCUGGAGCUUUGCUGGAAAUAUUGAAAUAAAUAAUGAAUACAAAAAUAUAAUGUAGCCAUUUUAUAAUGGAAAAAGUUGCGUUCCUUUCUUA